ACUCUGCCCCAAGAAGCUUACACUCUAGUGUAUAAUUGGAGACCUUGUCCCAAGGAGCUUACACUCUGUUGGUAUAGGGUAUAGGAGCUUGCAAUCUGCAGGUUCCUUCCAGUACAUUUUCGCUGUGUUGUGCUGGAGGAAGGAGUGGGGGCCCUCAGGCACCUGUAUACGGCCGCACAGACAAUUCAGAAGCAGAUGAAUGAGAUGAAAGGCGCAUAACUGAAGUGCAUGCUCAUUAGCCGAGCGCAGGGACGUUACCAGGAGAGACACUGUAUCUAUUCAUGUGCAGUUCCAUUGUGUAGAGCAGAGUAUUAGUAGAGACCACUGAGAUACUGGGGAGAGACAGAGCUGAAGAGACAAACAACUGAGCACAGGCAGAGAAGGUAAAGAAGCAGGGGGGCCCCACAGCCAAACAAUAAAGGGGCCCCACAACUUCCAGAAAUUGACCUGCUUUACUAAUAUAUAUCUCAAAAGUGCUCAUUAUUUAGGGACCCGUGGGCCCCCCUGCAUCUGAGAGGGAGAUUAGGGUUCCCUAUUCACAAGAGCUCACAAUCCGAAGCUUGAGGAACAAGUGGGACCCAGGGGAGUUGGGGAAAGUGAUGAUCCAGAGCAGCACUGCCACUGAAGGGUUAAAUCCGCUGGACUGGGACCAGGAAAUUUAGAAUAGAAAACAAAUUGUUGCGGCAAAGCCAACGAGUCGGAGCAACGAGCUUUCCUAGAAGGAAGAUUCCCACUCGGAAGACUGAAGCCGAGCCAAGGCCGGGGGGCCGGCACCCUCUAACACUGGUGCCAAACACGAGGCGUGGGCCGGGCAAGUGACGUAGCACCCAAUGUGGCUAUAAAGGUGCUCACAUCAUUACACCACUCACUCAUGGAACUCAGCUAGCCAGGGUAGCCAUGGAAACAGAGGCCUUUGGUUACACAGAUCCAGUAAGGAUUUCUGAAUGAUUUUUACAGACCCAGUGUCAUCUGGCAUCACAUUUCCACCCAACCCCAAGAAGCCUCUUCCAAGGUCAUGUUCUGCUCCAAGAAGAAGGUGGCGCACUCCUACCCCAAUAUCCUCACCCCUGACCAGAUCCCCAAGUUCUUCAUCCCUCCAAAACUUUCCCCAGCGCUGGUCAGGGCAGGACAUGGCAGAACAGGGAUGGAAAUGAGACAUGAAGGGUUCAAACCCAGCCCCAAGGCUUUGCUGAAGUCAGCGCACCGCCAUGUUAUUCAAGUUGAAGAUGUAGAGGGUGAGAUGGAGGCAUCAGAUCCAGUGACUCACGGGCCUUUCUCUGCUCCUCUAAUGGGGGGUCUCUAUUUGUCUGAAAGUCCCAACACACGCAGAAGAGAGUCUCUCUUUCAUGAGAGGUGCCCCACUCAUGGACCUUCUGAGAUGACCUCACUGGAUGGAAGUACCACACCAAGCUGGAGAAACUCAACCUCAGACUUGGGGGUACAUCAGGUCUCACUCGGAGCCAUGGACAGUGACACCACUUCUUCUGCCGACUCCUCUCCCUUCAAUUCUCCUCUGCUCACCCGUUCCAUGGCUGGGAGCUUGGUCGGCCAAGUCUAUGAUAAGCAACGCCUGUUUGGUCGCCCUCUAAGCAGCAAAGCCUUGGACCGGACAAACUCCCUGUCCACCGAGGAGACCAGUUCAGCAGACACCAGCCCCUUUGUCACUCGCAGAGACAGCCAACGUGGGCUAGGACUUUCCAUGGUCCAUCUGGUCCCACCACAAGUCUUUCAUUUGGACUUUAUCUGCUGCCAGGAGAGGUUGACCAAAGAGACGGAGAUCCUGAUGGACAAGGGAGGGCUUCUGCGCUUGUCUGCUGAGCACAUAAAGGAGAUGGGGCGCCUUAGGGUGAAGCUGGUCAGUGCAGAGAACCUGUACCCACCCUAUCAGGACCCCAAGAACAUUAGCUGCUGUGCAGUGAUGAGCCUACAGCCUGGGAAGCAGCAGAAGCAGAAGAGCACGGUCAUACGAAGAAGUCGCAACCCAAUCUUCAACGAGGACUUCUUCUUUGAAGGGGUGGAGAAGUCAGAGCUGGACUCCAAGAGCCUUAGGGUGAAGAUUGUUAACCAGGGGUCCGGCAUGCGCAGAGACCAAUUACUGGGUCAGACUGAGCUCAGGCUCUGCUCCAUUCUACCCCCUUAAUAGAUUGGCCCAGGGUCAUGGAACCUGUUGUGGUUGGACAAGGCCAAACAUUAUUCUAUCAGACUUAAUGACUAAGCACCGACUUUAACCAAGGACUGGUCGCGGUUUAUAUAUAUAUAUGUGUGAUAUAUUCCCAGUUAUACAUGUAAUAUCAGUUAGUAGUGCAUAGAUACGCUCCUAUCUGUAACCCUCCAUAGUAACCCACUAACUGUCCCAGUGACCCCAGUUCCCUAUACACCCCAUUAGACUCAUGGGAAGUGGAUCUACUCACAGGACUUGGGGUUCCCCUUUAAAGUUACGUUUGCAGAGUAAGUGUUAGGGUGCUGCUGUACAACAGUGGGUGGGGCAGGGCACAUGGGGGUGUAACUGGGAAGACUGGGAUGUGGCAUACGUUGCCUUUUUAUCCACGGAUUUGUAUCCCCAUCAGUCUGUCCAUCAUAAAGUGCGACUGUAGCGUUGCUCCUGUGUGACUUGUCUCAUUGACUUACAUUGAACAGAAAUGUAUCUACAAGGGAAGGGAUAAAACAGCAGCUCCUCAAGCUCUAACCCAAAAUAUCUACAAACCAACCAUGCGAGGAGGAUAAAGGCAAUAUAUAAUAUAAUACACAAAAACCACAAAUAUCUUGUAAAUUAUAUCCUUAUAAACGGUGACUAGUGAUGUCAUCAGUUAUAAACGGUGACUAGUGAUGUCAUGACUCACUGA